AAAAAAAUAUAUAUAAAUAUUACGAAAAAAAAAAAAUAAAUAUAUAUGAAAACGAAAAAUUUGUCAUUUAGAUACAGUUUAAGAACUCAAAUUGAUUAAAAUCGAAUUAUCAAAAAAUUAAAAGUCACAACAAUUUGUCAGAUGAGUCAAAUUCCUUGUAAAAAUCCCACCGCUAGUGGGAGACACAAAAACAAUACCAUGCAAAAUUUGAACAUAUGUCCGCAAGUUCGUGGACGCUCUCGUAACCGCCAAUUCCGUUUGAUGUCCACGUCAGAUGCACUUGAAACUGGAAACGAUGUAUCUCCAGGUCCACCAGGCAUUCUUAAUAUUGUAGUGCCCAGACAUAUAAGUAGUGAAACGUCGGUUAUUAGUUCUCGAAUAAACGUCGCUUCAUUGAAUGUAGUCUCAAAUUCGUCAAUGCCUUCAAGGACGUUAGACCCUAAUGAAUUUGAUGAUGAACCACAUUUUUCGGAAUUAGAUUCAUGGAUGGAACAAAAGCAUUCAACAAUUAAGCCGUCAACAAAAAAGUGUCAGCCAACAGAAAAAUUGUGUCAUAAGGAGAAAAGUGCUGAGACUGUGCGACCGAUGAAAUCCAGCCAGCCAUGCAAACCACCGCAAUAUGAUGUAAACUGCUUGCAGCAACGACUAGUUAAAUAUCGUGCCGAAAUGAAUGGUUGUGGGGAUGCAGCAAAACUAAAUGGACAAUUGAAUGAGAUAUUUGUGCAACGCUUGGUCGAUAUUGAAAAUGUGGCGAAAGACGAUACGGAUAUUAAGCUUGUAACUUAUCAGGAGUGGGUGGAUAUGCUAAUGCAAAUUAAUGAGGUGAUAAUUGGCAAUAUGGUAGAUCUGGAAAGCGAGGUAGCAGAAAGGCUGGAGUGCAUGAAGAGUCGGAUUAAAUCGACUUGCAGCGAAGGAAGUAGUAUUGAGCAGAAAUAUCGUCAGGAUAUUUGUUCGCUAAUGAAGCUUAUAAAAAAUGCAUAUCACCAUGAUAACUGGGACAUUCAAGGACUUGAAUUCCACACUGUUAAUCUAAAUGAGAUUUUGAGUGCCAAAAAUGCAACUUGUUCGGACCCGGAACGUGCAAAUAACUUGAGGGAUCCGUUCGACGAUGAUCAGGACUCAUGCAAUAGGUGUUGUGUUAAUGAUCCGGAAUAUGAAUUAGAAAAUGUUACUUUUGAACCGUCUGAUGUACGGUGUGGUCAUACAAGUCGAACUACUAAUAUGACGGGCAACGUCGGCAGUUACGUUGAUGCUUGCGAUCAGAAGUGCGUAGAAGAUAUUACUUGCAAAGCCAGCUGUAAUACGAUUACGGCUAAAGAACCAACAUGUUCUAUUACAGAAAUCUUACAAGAUUACUCUUUCGACCCACGGAGCAAGAAAUCUAUUAUACAAGAAGAAAACACAAACACGAAUUUACGUGCUCUUGCUGUAGAGGUCGCUGCCAAGCAUGAUGAGAUCUGUGAUUUAAAACGGCAAAUUUCCUGCCUGGAGGAGGAGAUACAAAAGGCGCAACAAAAGAUUCAGCUUAAAGAUAAUGUUAUAAAAGAGUUACGAAACGAUUUGAAAUGUGCCAAUACCAAGCUAACACAGAACGCUUCAAAUAUUUGUGUUGCAUGCGGCGGUGAGUCGACCUUUUACAGUAUGCCACCGAUUAAUUUGGAGCAACAGUCAUCAAGAAGCGCUUCAACACAGGUCUCUGCUGGUCCGGAUUCAUCCAAUCAGUUUCCAUGCCUUACUGAAGACUAUUCAUAUGACUAUUUGAGUAAUGCCGGUCAACUGGAACAACAAAAGCUAAAGGACCUCGAUGCUGAGUUAAAUGAGCUUUUUCGAGUUACUAACGAUUUUAAAAAUCAAAAUCUGGAGUAUCAUCGGAAGCGGUUGUCGGAUAUUUUCCAAAAAUCAGAAGCAGAAAAAGCGGAAGCCUAUCGAAAGUUGGAUUUUAUUCGCAAACAACUUGUCAACCUCGAUGUUUCAAGCGGUCAACCAUCAAAACAUUCAACCAAUGAUUCUGAUUCAGGUUUUAGCUCCAAAGUUGACGGUAAUCAGGAUGCAAAGAUUUUAAAUGGCUUGCGCGAUCAUCUACGUCGACUAAAUGAUACGAUUUGCGACUUGAAAAACUGUAUACAAAAUCUUAAAAUCGAAAACAAUGAACUUUCCACGUGUUUAGAAACAGAAAGGGACUUUGCGCAGCGGAACAGUGAUACGUUAAAGGAUAUAGCAGAUAUGCUUUCUGGAAUGUCAGGCGAGCAUUUUUCCUACAACGAUAUAUAUGACAGGAAUUCUGAGUUAAAUCCUUUCUGCCAAGCAAUCAUACGAAUGAAAUGUAACUCUGAAAACAAAGAACGAACACUUCGAAAACGUUUAUCAAUGAAAUGCGAACAACUUGAACUGCAGAAAUCGGAGAUGUGUAAUGAAAACGAAUUGAAGCAAUUGCAUAGCAGCACCAAAUUGUCAGGCGACUGUUCCCACGAUCACCAGUUUGAGCAAUCAUAUAAAUUAUGGGACAGAUCACAUCUGCUAUCCACCUACGACAGUUACCUAAGCAUCGUAAGAGAAUUAAAAAACGAACUUACAUUCCUUUCUCGGCAAGUAGCUUUGGUACAAAAAGAGUUUUGUGAGCCCUCCGAACAAGAUGAGGAUCGUGACAUAAAACUCGAAUCUUCACUCAAGGCACUGGAAUCUCACAACGAGGUGCUGCAACGAACAUUGGAACAAGCAUCGCAAGACAAUCACAAACACUGCUCCGAAUUAAGCCAAAGUAACGAGAAUCUUCGCUGCCAAGUACAGCAUUUGCAACGUACCAUUUUGGAGAAAGAGCAAUGCAUUGGAAAACUUAAUAGUAUGCUGGAUCAGGUGCAGUGUGAACAACAGCAACAACAUCAUCAAGCCAAAGAAUGUUGCCUGCACGCUAAGGACAAGGAGUUACUUGAGAUGUGUCAGAAGUUGGAACAGGCUAAUAAAAAGGUAGAGUCACUAAUGUGUGAACUAGAGCAGAGCCAGAAGCAGGAGCGUUUUUUACUUUGCGAGACUCGAAAGCUUAACGAAGAAUUGAAUGAGAGUAAAAGAAAACACAGUGAUCUUAAUAUGCAAAUGCACCGACUAAAUACAUUACUGAAGUCUCAAGAUUCCUGCCGAACCGAUAUUUGCAAAAAAUAUGAGGAACUGGAACGAAAUUAUGAGGACCAGGCGAAACAGUUGCGAGCCGCAUGUGCUCAAAUGAAUUGCCUACAAGAGCGUCUUGGGCUAUUGGACAAACGUCAAGAGGAGCACAAUAUGGAGCGUAAUCUGUUAAGGGACGAAGUGCUGGCCUUGAAAGAAAAGGAAGCUGCGUUGCUGAGCAAACAAAGAUGUCUUACGGAGCAAUUAAUGAAGACUGAAAAGGAACUAUACACGGCACACAACGUUAUGAAGGAGCAGCAACAAAUUAUGCAGCGGAGUGAGUCUACGCAAAAAGAUUUCACAAAGCGACUUCAAGAAGCAAACAAUGAGCUAAAGAGGCAAUUCAAAGUACUCUGCGAUGACUAUGGAGAGCUUGAGGAUGAAUACAAGAAACAAUGCGAUCUUCGCAAGCAAAAUGAAAAAGUUAUUGAAUCAUUUCGCAAGUGGAAGGAAGCGCAAUUGAAAGCAGAUGACGCGACCCGUGCGAGUUUCAAACAGUAUGAGGAACACAUAAAACUGUUGCUGGAGGAAAAACAAAAAUUCUUAAGACAAUAUCGCGAUCUGUAUAGAGACUAUUCUACAUUGCAGAAUGAAUUGGAAAGAAUAAAAAUGUGCACGUACAGUUUCAGCAAUCCCGAACCGACAUCGAAUAUUUCGGAAAAUUCGAUACCGCAGCGCCUAGGACUCAUCCGUAGCACAUCACUUCGCGUUUCACAGCAGAGCAGCUCUUUAAAGUGUGAAGACACAUCGCUGGACGCGUCAGGGUCUAAUCCUCUGUGAGCUGAGCCGUUGUCAAGCAACAAAGUGCAUUAUCUGUAGUGCCUAUAUGGUAAAUGUGAAUGAUAACAGCGAGGGUUUCCACUUCUUUUGUAUCUCACCGGCGACUUAUCGUGUUUGUAGUUGCACAUCAGAGCGACAAUUCCGACGAAUGUGAAUCACAUGUACUAUAUCUACUAUAUACAUUUGAGUAUAUUAACUAGUUGUGUUCUGAGCUGAGUUUCUAACCAACCGUGCGUAUAUAUUUAUAUGUAUGUAUAUAUAUUACUUUUGUUAUUAUAAAUAUGUAAUAUAAUAUAUAUAAUGAUAUACAUGUAUACAUGUGUAUAUUAUUAUAUAUUAUAUUGUUUUGUAUACAUAUUUAUUUUUUA